CGCACCUGCAGCAGGUGAAGCUGAUUAAAGCAUUUCCUGCAGGUGAGGCUGUUUCUCGCGACGAGCCGCCGGGCCAACAUGGACUUUCGACACUUAAUUUGCUCGAUUUUCCUGGCAAUUCUGAGCAUUUCCCAAGGACAAAUGUUGGGAUGCAGACCAGACCAGUGGCGGUGUGACGAUGGAAACUGUAUCCCGGAUAUCUGGCGAUGUGAUGGAGGUGGAGACUGUCUGGAUGGAUCUGAUGAAAUGGAUUGCAAAGCACUUCCUGGCUCUCCUGAAUGCCCCCCCGGACAGUUCCCUUGUGUUGACUCUGUCGGCUGCGUUGACGCCUCAGCUCGCUGUGACGGUACAAAGCAGUGCCCCACCGGCUCUGAUGAGGAGAACUGUGCAGCGACACAGGGAUGCAUGGACUCUGACUGGACCUGUCGAAACCACAUCUGUAUCCCCAAAGAGCUGCGCUGCAAUGGACUGAAUGACUGCCAGGACAAUUCUGAUGAGGAGGACUGUGGACUGUGUGGUGAGGAUGGCAUACGGUGUCCUGAUGGGACGUGUCUGAGUUCAGACAAGCGUUGUGAUGGGACGUUUCACUGCUCGGACGCCAGUGAUGAGCCCAUAACCUGCGGUCGUAUUUGCUCUAUGAACAACGGCGGCUGCAGCCACGUGUGUGUCAAUGAGCCCUGGGGAGCUUUGUGUACCUGUCCCGCUGGAUAUAAGCUCUCUUCCAAUGGAGCAGUCUGUGAAGAUUUGGAUGAAUGUGCUCCCCCCUCCGCCCCCUGUAUGCAUCACUGCGCUAACACUGUCGGCUCAUACUAUUGCCAGUGCAGAGACGGAUUCAAACGAAAUGGAGGCACUGCAUGUUUAGCUACAGGUAACGCUACCAGACUGCUGAUAGUGCAGAGGAGCUCUAUGGGGCUGUUAAAUGUGAAGUCUCAACAGUUUGAAGUUAUCCACACUCCAGUUCCUGACCCAGUGGCUUUGACUUUCGACGUUUCCCGAGGCUGGUACUACUGGGCCGACAACCGUGGCAGCAUUUACAAAAGUAAUGGACAGCAGAGCUGGACAACAUUUACUGGUGAGCCUGGAAUCACGGGUCUAGCUUGCGAUUGGCUGAAUGGAAACCUGUUCUGGUCCAAUCAGAAGACCGAGUCAAUCUACAUGCAGUCAGCUGACGGGAGAAGUUUCACUACACUGCUGAGCAAACACAACAAACCAUCAGAUGUGGUGCUCAUACCUGUGGAGAGCCUGAUGUUCUGGUUCAGUUCUGGCCCGGGGGACAGAGUGACGAUAGAGAGGUCGUGGAUGGACGGGUCCGAUGGAAACACUCUGGCGGUGCUCACAGCCCAGGCGGCCCACAGCCUCACUGCAGACAUCGCUGCCAGGAGGCUGUACUGGAUCAGCAACUUCAAGAAGUCCAUAGAGAUGGUGACGAUGGACGGGACCGGCCACCUCUCCUUCACAGGCCUGUUCAGCAGGGGGGCGGCUCUCGGCCUCGCUGUGUUUGAGAGCUCCUUCUACUGGGUCGAUGACAGAGGACUGUGGCAGGUCCCACAGACGCAGCCAAACCAGAAGAAAUUUCUUUUGAAAGGGGCACUGCCGACACUAGCCGUUUACCAUGAGCUCCAGCAGCCUCAAGGUUCUACCGCAUGUGAAAAUACUCAGUGUCAGCUCUGCCAGCUAACUAAAAGAAACCCGGUGGGAUUCACCUGCGCUUGUCCGAACGCCAAAAUGCUGUUGCCUGAUGGGACAUGUCAAUACCCAAGGUUUGUUUAUGCCACCAACAUGGACAUCAACCUGCUGGAGAUCAGAGGGAGAAAUUACGAUCAAACCCAGCUGUUAAGCACUGGCGACGGGAUCCUGUCCUUUGACCUGGACUGGUACAGAGACUGGCUCUACUGGGCCAACCAAACCGGCCAUAUCCAACGCACCAGUCUGACCGAGGUCAAGACUGAGGUGGUCCCAACACCUCUGCCAGUUUGUUUGAUUAAAAUAGACCAGAGGAAAGGGAGCCUCUAUUGGGUGUCAUGUGACCAAAACAGCAUCGGCACCUCCACAGCCGACAGCCUGAACCUGCAGCAGCUGUACCGUACGACCAAGAAGAUCACAGACCUGUAUCUGGACUGGCUGAGGGGGGGCAUCAUCUGGUUGGAGGAAGACCGAAUCCUCACCAUGAGCAUGGCGGGAGGAAGUGCCAAAGAGCUGCUGCAGUUGGCAGACGAAGUCCAGGGGAACAUCGUCUUCGACCUCGGGGCUAACAGCCUGCUCUGGAACUCAAAAAGGGCAGGUUUGACCACGAUGAGUUUGCUGCAGGCGAAAAGCCACAAAGCUGGCAGGAGAUGGAACAUUUCCGGCUCAGUCAUAUCUGCCUUUGAGCCCUUCCUGCUGUCCCAUUCGGAUAAUGUCCUGACUCUGUGGGACCGGCGUGACGGGAGGGCCAUCCAGGACAUGCCUGUGAGAGGGCGUGUGUUCAGUGUCAUCCUUGCACUGAAGAACGUCCGCCCAGUGCCAGAUACUCCAGUUUGCACUGAACCCUCUGUGCUGUGCCGACACACAUCACUCUGCCUCUCUCAAGCCCAGCUGUGUGACGGGAAAAAGGACUGCCCUGAUGGAGACGACGAGGAUGGUUGUGUAACCACAUGCCCAUCUAAAGGAGAUUUCAAGUGCAAGGACAGUAGGAGUUGUGUCCCCAGGGUUCUCGUCUGUGACGGUCGUUCUCAUUGUCGUGAUGGCUCAGACGAGGUCAACUGUCCGACCGUAGCUUCAGUUGGAGUUCCGUUAAACACUCUGAAGUGCCGCACGGGCUCCAAGCUGUGUGAAGACGGGACUGAGUGUGUUUUAUACAGCCACGUGUGUGACGGGGAGAAGGACUGUCAGGACGGAUCUGAUGAACAGGGAUGUGAACCACUCAAACCUCCUGCUCCAGUCGCGCCGGCCUGCAGCAGCCCUGCUGUGCUCUGUCCCAAUUCUGCUGUUCAGCUCUGCAUUUCUCCGAGUCAGUUCUGCAACGGGCUCAAAGACUGUCCUGAUGGCUUUGAUGAAAAGAACUGUGUGAAAAGGUGUCCCUCUAGAAGCGACUUCCGCUGCAACGACCGCCGGAGCUGCGUCUCGCAGAGUCUGGUUUGUGACGGUCGCUCUCAAUGCAACGACGGCUCCGAUGAGCUCAACUGUCCGAACGCUACCCCUCCUGCAGCUGGAGCAAACGUCCUGAAGUGUCGCAUCGGCACCAAACUGUGUGGAGACAGGACAGAGUGUGUCCUCUUCAGCCACGUCUGUGAUGGAGAGAGAGACUGCCGGGACGGAUCAGAUGAAGUAGGAUGUGAUGCUACAAACACUGUCUCUACCAGUCUUCCAGAAAAUGUGCGCUCAAUUCAAUCACCUCCACCUGUCGAGACAUUUACUCAGCCCCCCACCAACCCCCCCUGCAGCAGCCCUUCAGCUCUGUGUCCAGGCUCCUCUUUAUGCAUCAGCCCGACACAGUUUUGUGAUGGAAGGAAAGACUGCCCUGAUGGGUCUGAUGAGAACUGUGUGAAAAGAUGUCCUUCCAGGACUGACUUCCGCUGCAAAGACCGUAGGAGCUGCGUCUCGCAGAGUCUGGUUUGUGACGGUCGCUCUCAAUGCAGCGACGGCUCAGAUGAGCUCAACUGUCCGAACGCUACUCCUCCUGCAGCUGGAGCAAACGUCCUGAAGUGUCGCAUCGGCACCAAACUGUGUGGAGACGGGACAGAGUGUGUCCUCUUCAGCCACGUCUGUGAUGGAGAGAGAGACUGCCGGGACGGAUCAGAUGAAGUAGGAUGUGAUGCUGCAAACACUGUCUCUACCAGUCUUCCAGAAAAUGUGCACUCAAUUCAAUCACCUCCACCUGUCGAGACAUUUACUCAGCCCCCCUGCAGCAGCCCUUCAGCUCUGUGUCCAGGCUCCUCUUUAUGCAUCAGCCCGACACAGUUUUGUGAUGGAAAGAAAGACUGCCCUGAUGGGUCUGAUGAGAACUGUGUGAAAAGAUGUCCUUCUAGGACUGACUUCCGCUGCAAAGACCGUAGGAGCUGCGUCUCGCAGAGUCUGGUUUGUGACGGUCGCUCUCAAUGCAACGACGGCUCAGAUGAGCUCAACUGUCCGAACGCUACCCCUCCUGCAGCUGGAGCAAACGUCCUGAAGUGUCGCAUCGGCACCAAACUGUGUGGAGACGGGACAGAGUGUGUCCUCUUCAGCCACGUCUGUGAUGGAGAGAGAGACUGCCGGGACGGAUCAGAUGAAGUAGGAUGUGAUGCUGCAAACACUGUCUCUACCAGUCUUCCAGAAAAUGUGCACUCAAUUCAAUCACCUCCACCUGUCGAGACAUUUACUCAGCCCCCCACCAACCCCCCCUGCAGCAGCCCUUCAGCUCUGUGUCCAGGCUCCUCUUUAUGCAUCAGCCCGACACAGUUUUGUGAUGGAAAGAAAGACUGCCCUGAUGGGUCUGAUGAGAACUGUUUGAAAAGAUGUCCUUACAGGACUGACUUCCGUUGCAAAGACCGUCGCAGCUGCGUCUCGAAGAAUCUGGUUUGUGACGGCCGCUCUCACUGCAAUGACGGCUCCGAUGAGCUCAACUGUGGGAGCGUAGCUCUGCUUGCACCUCGAGGUAACGUCCUGAAGUGUCGCAUCGGCUCACGGCUGUGUGGAGACACGACAGAGUGUGUCUUCUUCAGUCACGUCUGUGAUGGAGAGAAAGACUGCCGGGACGGAUCAGAUGAAGAAGGAUGUGAUGUCUUAGAGGUUUCCCCUACAACUGCUACAGAAAAUGUCCGGCUAAAUGACACCCCUUCACCUGUGGCACCCUUCACUGAGCCCCCCACCAACCCCCCCUGCAGCAGCCCUUCAGCUCUGUGUCCAGGCUCCUCUUUAUGCAUCAGCCCGACACAGUUUUGUGAUGGAAAGAAAGACUGCCCUGAUGGGUCUGAUGAGAACUGUGUGAAAAGAUGUCCUUACAGGACUGACUUCCGCUGCAAAGACCGUAGGAGCUGCGUCUCGCAGAGUCUGGUUUGUGACGGUCGCUCUCAAUGCAACGACGGCUCAGAUGAGCUCAACUGUCCGAACGCUACCCCUCCUGCAGCUGGAGCAAACGUCCUGAAGUGUCGCAUCGGCACCAAACUGUGUGGAGACGGGACAGAGUGUGUUCUCUUCAGCCACGUCUGUGAUGGAGAGAGAGACUGCCGGGACGGAUCAGAUGAAGUAGGAUGUGAUGCUGCAAACACUGUCUCUACCAGUCUUCCAGAAAAUGUGCACUCAAUUCAAUCACCUCCACCUGUCGAGACAUUUACUCAGCCCCCCUGCAGCAGCCCUUCAGCUCUGUGUCCAGGCUCCUCUUUAUGCAUCAGCCCGACACAGUUUUGUGAUGGAAAGAAAGACUGCCCUGAUGGGUCUGAUGAGAACUGUGUGAAAAGAUGUCCUAGGACUGACUUCCGCUGCAAAGACCGUAGGAGCUGCGUCUCGCAGAGUCUGGUUUGUGACGGUCGCUCUCAAUGCAACGACGGCUCGGAUGAGCUCAACUGUCCGAACGCUACUCCUCCUGCAGCUGGAGCAAACGUCCUGAAGUGUCGCAUCGGCACCAAACUGUGUGGAGACGGGACAGAGUGUGUUCUCUUCAGCCACGUCUGUGAUGGAGAGAGAGACUGCCGGGACGGAUCAGAUGAAGUAGGAUGUGAUGCUACAAACACUGUCUCUACCAGUCUUCCAGAAAAUGUGCGCUCAAUUCAAUCACCUCCACCUGUCGAGACAUUUACUCAGCCCCCCACCAACCCCCCCUGCAGCAGCCCUUCAGCUCUGUGUCCAGGCUCCUCUUUAUGCAUCAGCCCGACACAGUUUUGUGAUGGAAAGAAAGACUGCCCUGAUGGGUCUGAUGAGAACUGUGUGAAAAGAUGUCCUUACAGGACUGACUUCCGCUGCAAAGACCGGAGGAGCUGCGUCUCGCAGAGUCUGGUUUGUGACGGCCGCUCUCACUGCCACGACAGCUCCGAUGAGGACGACUGCCCGAACGUAGUUUCAUCUGUAGCUCGAACAAACGUCCUGAAGUGCCGGUUGGGCUCAAAGCCUUGUGACGACGGAAAAGAGUGUGUUUUGUACAGCCACGUGUGUGACGGAGAGAAAGACUGUAUGGAUGGAUCUGAUGAACAGGGAUGCCAAGAAAUAUGCAAACAAGGUGAGUUUCAGUGCGCCCAUGGGAAGAUGUGCAUCCCUGCAGCCGAGGUGUGUGAUGGCAAGCCGCAGUGUCAGGAUCAGUCGGAUGAGCGGGACUGCUGGAUCAAAACCAAGAGCUGCGAGCACCGCUGCGGCAAGCGAUGCAUCCCAAACACAUUCCUGUGCGAUGGAGAGAAGGACUGCCUGGAUGGGUCGGAUGAGGCGGGCUGCGAAUCUGUUACUGCUGCAUCAGCGUCUCCUGUUCUCACCUCCACAUCAUCUUGCAUCGCUCCAUCAGUUCUCUGUCCAGAUUCAGCUCUGUGUAUCUCUCAAAGCCAGCUGUGUGAUGGAAAAAAAGACUGCCCUGAUGCAUUUGAUGAAAAUGACUGUAUAAGCCAAUGCAAAAAUCCAGGUGACUUUAUGUGCAGCGACCGCAGGAUGUGCCUCCCUAAGUCAGAAGUGUGUGACGGCCGCGCCCACUGUCCCGACGGCUCGGAUGAGAUGCAGUGCCAAUCAGAAGAUCCUAUUGCUCCCUCCUCCAACAAUGCGCUCGGUGCCAAAUCCGCCCCGUUGAAGUGCCGCACAGGUUUCAAGCUGUGUAAAGACGGCCUGGAUUGUGUUAUGUUCAGCCAUCUGUGUGACGGAGAGAGGGACUGCAACGAUGGAUCAGACGAAGUGGGAUGUGCCGCCAAGUGCAAAACAGAUGAGUUCCCGUGUGCUCACGGGAACAGAUGCAUCCCACCAGAGAAGGUGUGUGACGGGCAGAACGACUGUCAAGACCGAUCUGACGAAAUGGACUGUUCGAGUCAGACCGAGGGCUGCCGUCAUCGCUGUGACAACAACACUCGCUGUAUCCCGGACACCUUCCUGUGUGACGGAGAGAGAGACUGCACCGAUGGGUCUGAUGAAGAGAAGUGUGGUUUGGUGUCCUGUGCCAUGGAGCAUUACCGCUGUAUCAGUGGUCAGUGUGUGUCCGAGGCCCUGAGGUGUGAUGGAUACGCGGACUGCAGCGAUCGUUCUGAUGAGGCGCAUUGCAUGAGACCCCCCCGCUGCCCCACACAGCUGAGAUGCGCAAACAGCCACGAGUGCCUGCAGAAAGAGUGGCUCUGUGACGGCGAAGACGACUGCAAUGAUGGAUCAGACGAGAAGAACUGCGUGUUGUCGCCAGCAAAGUGCAGGGAGUACCAGUGGCAGUGUGGAGAAAGCAGUCAGUGCAUCCCUCUGUCAUGGAGGUGUGACGGGAAGACAGACUGCCACAACGACAUGGACGAGGACAAAUGCAGCCAGAGAAUUUGCCCCUCUCACCUUUUCCAGUGUGGCAGCGGUGAGUGUGUGGACCCCAGCCUGGUGUGUAAUGGCCUCACCAACUGUGCCGACCGCUCAGACGAGGGCGCGGGAUGCGCUCAACACAACUGCUCCAGCCCGUCAGCUCCGCGCUGUGAGGGCCACUGUGUCAGCACCCCAAACGGACCGAAGUGUUACUGUGCUGCUGGUUUCAGACUACAGUCCAGUGCUGUGUACUGUGUGGAGAUUGACGAGUGCAAUACUGUGCCGCAGGCCGUGUGCAAACACACCUGCCUGAACACCCAGGGGUCCUACAUCUGUAGCUGCUUUCCUGGCUUCUACCUGGAGCCUGACAACAAAAGCUGCAAGACCAGAGACGAGCCUUGGCUUCUGGCCUCGGUGCAGUCCGAGCUCUUACUGCAGGGAGUCCACAGCAGCACCUUGCGUCUUCUGUCCUCGGCCAACCGGCCCGUCUUCUCUCUGGAUUAUCACUGGGCUAAACAGAGAGUUUACUGGCUGAGCCCCGACUACCAGAGCAUCCGCUGGUCUGACAUGAAAGACUCAAACAGCAAAGGGACACUCAUCAAAGGAGUAAAGUCUGACUCCAUCGCUGUGGACUGGAUUGGUAAGAACCUGUACUGGGUGGAUGGACUGGUGGGCCAGAUUCUGGCUGUGAAGCUGAGCGAUACCUCGGUGACAUCCCAGGACUACACGGUGGUGCUGGGAGAAGACCUGGAGCAGCCCAGCUCACUGGUCCUGCUGCCACAUAGAGGGCUGAUGCUUUGGUCUGAGAUCGGCAGCACCCCUCAGAUCGAGCGCUCCGGGAUGGACGGAUCGAAGAGGAAGGUGGUGGUGAGCAAGGGCCUCAACUGGCCAAUCGGUCUGGCCUACGACCUCCUGGACAACCGGGUGUACUGGGCCGACGAGAAGAUGCGCUGCAUCGGCUCCACCUCUCUGGAUGGAGAAAAUGUCAAGAUCCUCCAGUUGGACGAAACGCCAAGUCCUUUCUCGGUGGCCAUCUUCAAUGACAGAGUCUACUGGUCCGACACUAAAAGAAGAACCAUCCGCUCAGCUGAUAAGAACACCGGCAAAAAUCAAAAGGUUCUCCUGAAAAGACCAGGGCAGCCAUUUGGGCUCAAACUGAUGCACGCCCUUUCCCAGCCGGACAUAUCCAGUCCUUGCGAGCAGCGUCACUGCUCCCACCUCUGCCUGCUGGCUCCGGCCACGAGACCCUCGGGCCCCCCUACAGCAGUGUGCCGAUGCCCAAAGGGGCUGCUCCUUUCCAAGGACAAGAAGACCUGCUCUCUGCCUGCGGAUUCAACCUUCAUCAUGCUUCUGUCUCGCACCACAGUCUACCAGGUCCACUUAAAUUCCAUGCGUCGUGAGGGUAUUGCUCUGAAAAAGAUGCCAAACGGCAGAGUCUUAGCCCUGCCCGGGGUAACUGAUGCCUCGGCACUGGACGUGUCCAUCCAGGAGCUUUCUGUGUUUGUGGCGGAUGCAGGACAGGGAUCUGUGGAUGUGCUGAAGCUGAGCGGCUCCACGUCGAGACAGGGACUGAUUCCUACAGGACAAAUCCUAAAGCUGGGGGACGAUGCGGUCACAGCUCUGGCAGUGGACUGGGUGACCUCUAACCUCUACUGGAGCAGCGUCGCCAGGCCUGAUCUUCAUGUGACCUCCCGGAAAGAUGCCUACACCACCUCGCUGCUGCAGGGAUCACUGAAGGGCACCACAUCCAUCGCCCUGCACCCCCCCUCGGGACUACUUUGCUACACAGCAUUUGUGGUGGCAGGUGGGAAGAGCCAGGUGAACUGCGCCUGGAUGGACGGCCGUAACAAAGUGGUGCUGUGGAGGAGGUCGAGCAUCCCCACCUCACUGGUCUUCUCCCAUCAAGAUCCAAACAGGGUCUACUGGGCUGACACAGGGGAAGGUGUAAUCUGCUCUAUAAGAGUGGAUGGAACAGGAUACAAACAGUACAACACCGGGCCUGGUCUGCUCAUCUCCUUCACGUAUACUGAGAACAUCCUCCUCUGGGUCAGCCAGGACAAAGAUGUUGCCAAACUGUGGUUCAGUGACGGCCUCCAGCCCAACCAAAUGUGGUUUGAGACAAAGACCAGUUUGGUGGAAGUGAAAGCUUACAGCACCGACAGUCAGUACGGAACUAAUAGUUGCUCCAAGAACAACAGCGGAUGUGUCCACCUGUGCCUGCCCUACCCCGGGGGCAACACGUGUAAAUGUGGUCGGGGUUUCUACGGUGCUUCCUGCACCCCGCUGCCCGCCUGCCCCUCUGGAGAAGAGUCCUGCUUCGACGGUAGCAAGUGCUUCAGCAUCAGCAAGUUUUGUGACGGCCACAUGGACUGUCCUGACCAGUCUGAUGAACAGGACUGUCCAAACCCUAACUCUGCAUCUCCCGGGAGCAAAUCCAGCAACGUCCGCCCUCUCCCCGAAGCCAAACAGAACUCUGUCCCCUCAAUAAAAAAGUCCUCUACAUCCUGUGAUCUCCAGCUGUGCAGCGGCCACGGCAGCUGCAUCACGGAGGGCAAAACGGCCCGCUGCCAGUGUGAAGACGGUUACAAGGGAGAGUCCUGUCAGGAGGCAGAAACUGGGAAAAGCCAUGUGGGGAUGAUCCUGGGGGUCUUCUGCCUCCUGGCUGUAUUGAUAUCGGCGGGAUUUCUUUACAAUAGAAGGAGACAAGUGAGGAAUACCUGGGUGACGAUCAGAAGCAGAUCCUCAGAAAAGGAAACUCUGAUGGCCAACAUGGGUCUGCCGUGUGAACACUACGACUCCGACUGCGAGGAGCUGGAUUCCCCGGUGGAUACGAAGAACCCCCCGCUCGUGAUGAAGUCUCUACAGCUCACAUAGAAGUUCUGCUUCCUGAAAUAAGGCGUCCUGUAAACACCCAAGACUCUUAUGGUGCAAUAAAAGUGAAAAACAUUUAACCAAAA